AAGACUAUAAAAAUGUGACUGGCGCGAGAGAGUUUGUGGUAAAAGCGCUUCCCCGCGACAAAAUUGUUCACCGUGCUAGGAUGUCAUCACUUUCUUCCCCCUUUUUUAGAGAAACAUAAAAAAUCCAUCUAGUUCAACGAAACAAGAAAUUACAAAAUAUCACAAAUUUAACGCACUUUUUAUUUUUGUUUAAUUUCAUCUAUCAACUCUUUUACAAGCAAACAAUAUAAACUGAUUAACUUAAACCAUAUAAAAAAAUAAACAAGCGCCUUUAAACAUAUAACAAGAUUCUAGUUCAAAGGAGCAAAAUAAAAUAUCUUUGAAAUUGUCCAGUUUGGUGGGAAUAGUGCAUGCAAGACCGACGAAAGGAUUACCGUAGUGAAAGAACUCAACCCAAGUGUUUUGACUUGACCACACAGUUUCCUGCUGCAUAUUUUUUCAUUGGAGAGAACACCAAAGUCCAGAUUGUACCUCACAAAUGCCAUCAUCAACUUGUCCUAUUUCAUCGGAGACCAUGGCAUUGUUACUUCUACUGACCGUGCCGUCCCUUCUUCUGACCAGUGUCCAAGGCGUGCCAGCCCAGGUCUCAAAAGAUGUCAAACUACCCGACUCUGCCGCAGUUACUCAGUCAUACGUCGGCAUUUCUCCUUCGUCCACAGCGAAAGCCGAGAUCAACAAUUCAUUGUCCGUCAGCUCAAUCGUCACCAAAGACAAACCCGCGGCAGAUCCAAAGUCCAGCAAGCCUGGCCUGCACGCGGAUGUGGUCAAGCGAUCCGCGCUCCAAGAAGUGGUGGCACCGUCAGGCCUGGGCCACAGGCAUAAGAGGCAAUUCAACGACGAAGACAGGUCUGGAGACCUCAGUCGUGAAGAGCUCGGUGAAAAUUCAGAAUCGAAUGACGCUAAAGCUAGCUUUGAGCUGAUGUUGAAUGGUGUGUCUGGUUCUGGUGAAAAAUACGACGCCAAGAGGCACUUCGACUCCAUCGGCGAAAGUGGUCUUUCCGGCAUUCAUCAGAACUACAUGGGUAGAAGAAACAAUAUCGAUACCUCCAGUCUUCUGCGUAAUCGACUAUCCAAAAGACAGUUCGAUUCCAUAGGUGAAAGUAGUCUUUCCGGAAUACAUCAAAACUUUAUAGGAAGGAGAAAUUUCGACUCCAUCGGAGAGUCGAGUCUUUCUGGCUUAUAUCAAAACCACAUGGGGAAACGUCAGUUUGAUCUGAUCAGUGAGAGUGAAUUGACAGGCAUUCACCAAAACUACCUGGAACCAAGGCGGAACAACAGAAAUAAUAGGUGGCAAUAUUCACCAAAACGAAAUUUUGACCUCGUGAGUCGAGGCGGUAUGUCGGGGAUGUAUAAAAACUUUAUCGGCAAGAGAGAUGGAAGAUUUUUUGACGGAAAAAGACGGUUCGAUUCUAUUGGUGAAAGUGGAUUAUCGGGGAUUCAUCAGAACUAUCUGGGCAAAAGAAGCUUUGAUUCCAUUGGAGCUAGUGGAUUGUCUGGUAUGAAUCAAAAUUUUUAUGGCAAAAGAAGUUUUGAUUCAAUUGGAAGUAGCGGUUUGUCUGGAAUUCAUCAAAAUUACCUUGGCAAACGCAGUUUUGAUUCCAUUGGAGAAAGUGGAUUGUCUGGGAUAAACCAGAAUUUUUAUGGAAAGAGAAAUUUCGAUUCUAUUGGGGAAAGUGCUUUAUCAGGGAUAGGUCAAAAUUAUUACGGAAAGAGAAAUUUUGAUUCUAUAGGGGAAAGUGCUUUAUCAGGGCUUGGUCAAAAUUUUUAUGGAAAAAGAAAUUUUGAUGCUAUAGGGGAAAGUGCUUUAUCAGGGCUUGGCCAAAAUUAUUACGGAAAGAGAAACUUUGAUUCUAUAGGAGAAAGUGCUUUAUCGGGUCUUGGUCAAAAUUUUUAUGGAAAGAGAAACUUUGAUUCUAUAGGAGAAAGUGCUUUAUCGGGUCUUGGUCAAAAUUUUUACGGAAAGAGAAAUUUUGAUUCUAUAGGGGAAAGUGCUUUAUCAGGACUUGGUCAAAAUUUUUACGGAAAGAGAAAUUUCGAUUCCAUUGGAGAAAGUGCAUUAACUGGGCUUGGUCAGAAUUAUUAUGGAAAAAGAAAUUUUGAUUCUAUAGGGGAAAGUGCUUUAUCAGGACUUGGUCAAAAUUUUUACGGAAAGAGAAAUUUCGAUUCCAUUGGAGAAAGUGCAUUAACUGGGCUUGGACAAAACUAUUAUGGAAAAAGAAAUUUUGAUUCUAUUGGAGAAAGUGCAUUGUCUGGCCUUAAUCAGAAUUACUAUGGCAAGCGAAGUGUCGGACAUAACAGAAUGUCAGACUUCGUUCAGAAUAUACAACAUAGCAUCAGUCUACCAAAGCGUUUCCUAGACAGAAUCUCCGAAAGCCCAUUAAGUGGGUUAAAUCAGAAUUUUUUAAAGAAGAAAGAGUUCAAACGAAGCGCCGAGCAGGUCAAAGGUCAUUCUGACAGCUCAUCACCCAACGGGAGGUACAAUAAAUCUACAGAGGAGUCUACUAUAAUGGAGGGUCAGGACUAUUUAUUACCGGGAACCGGUGACGAUAAGGAACAUGGCACAGGCGCAAAAAUUGUGCUCAGAAAGAGAAGCCUCGACGCAUUGGGUGACGACGGCGUAAUUUACGGUCUGCCAGUAAGGCAUUACAUCCCAUCGCUUCAACAGCAUCAAUAUAACCUCCCCUUCGAGAGCGUCUUUGGUGGAUCCAACGAGCUGCAAUACGAAGACCCUUCUUCGAGCCAGAUGAACCCGCUGCUGGAGGAAGCCGAUGACGAUUCCGUGGAAGCGAACAAAGACGCUGGUGACAACAAGGUCAACGAUGAGCAGCAAGCCAACAGCGCGGGACCAGCACAAGAAGCUAGCCGGAAAAAAAGAGCAGAAUCUGAUCACUAACCAUUCACCAGACCUCAUUACGCCAUCUUUCGUAGCUGUCUGUUCUUGUAUGACUGACUGAUUCUAGCUUGGUGAAGAAGGCUGGUCAUCUUGAAGCUUGAGAUGUUCCCCCCGUCCCCCCGCUCUUUUGUCCAUUUCUCAUCUUGCGACUGCAGGACCUUUUUUUUUUCCCUAUCGCCAGAGCUGGUACAGUCCAGUGGAACACUAUGACUACUAGAUCUAGAUCUAUCCCAGGAUUUGGUCAUGUUGGUGAGACUUUUCAAAUCUCUCAGCUCUCGAGAACUGUAUACACUUUUUUUUUCUCUCUCUCACGUCUGCUGAAAUCAACCAAUCAAACUACUUAUAGUUUUUUUUUCCUCUGUCCUUAAUUUCUUCCGUUUCACAAAGAGGGAGAGAGACAUUCCAUUGAGGAGUUGUGGCUUUAAAUAAACAACUCUCACUGUA